AUGUGGAUUGAUUUUCGUGAACAGCUUCCACUAGUGAACGAAAUAAAGAAAAAACGAUGCGUUGUCACGGGCAACGAAAACGAAGUUGAACUUCACGGAUUUGCGGAUGCAUCACUACGCGCUUAUGGAGCAGUAUUAUACACGAGGUGCAUCUCCUCUGACGGAAAGAUUGACGUGAAUCUGGUAUGCAGCAAAUCUAGAGUUGCCCCACUGAAGCCGAUGACGAUUCCACGCUUGGAGUUAUGUGGAGCCUUGCUUCUUGCUCGACUGGUGAAAAAAACGACUGCAGCUAUGGGAAUUCCUUUUAAAAGUGUGACACUUCAUCUCGAUUCGCAAGUGGUGCUGUGCUGGCUAGAAAAGUCACCGCUUGCUCUGAAUCAAUUCGUUUCAAACCGUGUGGCUGAAAUACUCGAGCUGACGCAAGCUUGUCGUUGGCAAUAUGUUCGCUCCGAGAACAACCCUGCUGACUUGAUUUCGCGAGGCGUGCUACCAGCGGAAAUUUUGACGAUGGAAAAAUGGUGGAAUUCAUCCCCCUUACUAUGGAAAAGGAAUCCUGGUGAUGAUGAAGAGCGGGUCAAGCUGGAUGACAACGAGAUUCCUGAGCUCAAACCAAAGGUCAUUAUGGCUACUGUGCAGAAACCAUCGAUUGACCUGACUAGAUUAAGCAGCUUUCGGCGGUUACAGCGAGCGUGGGCGUAUGUGAUAAGAUUCAUCAAAAACGCCCGCACUAAGCAACGAGAUACUUCGGCGCUCACGGCGCGAGAAUUGGAUGGUGCUAUCCAGGCCAUAAUAAAAUUAGUGCAAAAACAAGCAUUCGACGAUUUGUAUCAUGCCCUGGAGAACAACGUGAAUAAGCGCAACAAAUAUAGUGGAUUAGCUCCAUUCAUCGAUACAGAAGGUGUAAUUAGAGUUGGUGGACGGCUAAAAUACUCAUCGAUUCCAUAUGACGGAAAGCAUCAGAUCCUGCUACCUGAGAAGCACCAUGUGACUGCUAUUCUUCUACGACAACUUCAUGAGGAUAAUUUCCACGUUGGGCAGCGAGGACUACUGUCAAUUGUUCGUGAACGAUAUUGGCCUGUGAACGCGAUGAUGCUUAUCAAGGGAAUCAUAUCCAAAUGCCAUGUGUGUUAUCGCCACAAUCCUCAACCAGUGAGUCAAUACAUGGGAGAUUUGCCUAACUAUCGGAUCACUCCAGCUCCAGUAUUUUCGAACACGGGAGUCGACUAUGCAGGUCCAAUUUACCUCAAGGAAGCAGGAAGAAAAACCGUAGUGUAUAAGGCGUACAUAUGUGUUUUUAUUUGUAUGGCCACCAAGGCAAUCCAUCUGGAAGUGGUGUCAAAUCUAACAGCUGGAAAUUUUAUCGCUGCUCUACAGCGGUUCAUUAGCCGACGAGGAAUUGUUUCCAAUAUGUUCUCCGAUAAUGGCACUACGUUCGUUGGCGCAAAUCAUGAGUUGGCAGACCUACGUCGACUCUUCGAAGACCAGGCACACCAGAGGAAGUUGCAUGAUUUCUGUGCCUCGAAGGGAAUCCAAUGGCGCCCCACUUUGGUGGUAUCUGGGAGGCUGGAGUCAAAUCUGCGAAGCACCAUUUGA